GCGGCUGGCGGGUCUGACCGCAGAAGAAGAAGCGUCACUCCUGGAGUUUACUUGUUGAAUGACAGAAGAGGAAACGUUUCGGGGAUUUCAUUUUUCAGGAGCGGCUCCUGUCUCUCUUCAGCGCCGGCCGGAGCGCAGCGGCUUGUAUCGCCUGAUCGCGGACGUGGCUUCGGGAAAAUGCGGGACCGAACAAAAGAACUGGGAAACAAGGCCGAGGCGUCAGAUGACGACGAAGAGGGCAAAGCGCUGAUGAUCAAACCGGGAACGUCUUCGGCCAAAGAGGACAAGGAGAACGACGCUUUCUUCAAGAAGGUGCAGGAAAUCCACGAUGGGCUGCAGAGUCUCAGAAAGAUGGUCAGCGACCUGGAGAACAAGCAGAAAACGGUGCUGGGCGUGGCGCUCCCUGAAGAGAGCAUGAAGAAGGAGCUCCAAACUCUUCGGGACGAGAUCAAGACGUUGGCGGGCCAGAUCCAGAGGAAGCUGAAGAGUAUUGAGCCUAAAAAGGGAGACGACGAUGGCAAAUAUAUUCCAAUCAAUGUUCGGAUGCAGCGCACUCAGCACGGUGUCCUGUCCAAGGAGUUUGUGGAGCUGAUGGGCCACUGCAACACCAUCCAGGCCCAGUACCGGGACCGCAACGUGGAGCGAAUACAGCGGCAGCUGAAGAUCACCGGCACCAACGUGACGGACGAGGAGCUGGACACGAUGCUGGAAAGCGGCCAGACGGACGUCUUCACUCAGAAUAUCCUGAUCGACGCCAAGGCCACGAAGCAGGCCCUGAACGAGAUCGAGUCCAGACACGACGAGAUCCUGAAGCUGGAGAAGAGCAUCAGAGACCUGCACGACAUGUUCCAGUACCUCGCCAUGGAGGUGGAGGCCCAGGGGGAAAUGGUCGACAGGAUCGAAAACAACAUCCUCCAGUCUAAGAACUACGUGGAGAAAGCAAAGGAUAACGUAGCACAGGCCGUCACGUACCAGAACAGAGCCCGCAAGAAAAAGAUCUGGAUUGCCAUCUGCUUGGCCAUCCUCAUCCUCAUCAUAGUCAUCGCAGUGGUCACCGCUUUCGUCUAGCGACACCAGGCACAUUGUGUAAAUACAUCCAGCCCACAGGAAGCACGGGUGAAUCAAGUCUGUGUGUGUGUAUAUAUAUAUAUACAGACACAUUUCCCUCCUUCCUCCUAUUCACAUCCUAGUCUCCCUCUAACACAGCUGUCCAUCCUUUUUUUUUUUUUUUUUUAUGUUCAAGAAGAGAUGCGCUCUCACUACAACCUCGCCAGCAUCUUCUUCCCCUGAAGUGCCGCAGGUUUUUUUUUUUUUAUUUGUUUUUUUUUUGUCCGUUUCUGCUCCACAAAUCAGAGGCCGCCUUCACUGUUACUUCAGCUGCACCUCCUUCACUCGGAAGGGAAACGAAAAGAGGAACCAUAAGUGACCUUGAGCAAGGCACGUUGCAGUGUUUAAAGCCCUGACACUGAUUAUAUGCUGUUCUCAGGAAAAAAAAAACUGUCGAUUCUUGUGCAUGAAAUUAGAGACCGUAAGAACAUUUUUAUAGCCUUACAGAAGAGACUAAUAUAAUUGUACAUAAUGUAAUGUUGCUGAUUUACACAAUGUAUGUUUUUUUUUUUUUUUUUUACUUUUAAGUGGUUUCAAACUGCCUUCAUGUAACAAGUGUAAAUAGGUUUUCAGUCCCUGAUACAAAGCUGCAUUAAAAAGUCAAACAACUUUAUCCCGGAAAGCUUGAAUUUAUGAUUUAUGAUCCGAAACAAAAUCACGAACACUUAAGAAGGGCAGGAGUUGAGUUUUAAAGACCUUUGUUUUAUUUUAUUUCUGACUUUUGACUCACAGCUUUAAACUAACAUUUUUUUCCCUCCAGUUUGUCGCAUUGCAUUGAGUCUUUUCUUGGCAUGAGCCGGUAUGACAGCCAGUAUUCAUUCAGAAAUCACACAAACUGAUUGCUCUUAUUUUACAGGACACCAUUUAUUCCUAUUUCACCUGUUUUGUGACUGUAAAUAUUGCCUAAAAGCCGAAUUUGUCCUCGUGAGACGGGGAGCUGCCUUGGUUCGUCCAGCUGACCAGCAACAAGUGGGGGAGGGGCAGCGCUGUGGUAUUCUACGUUACUGACACGUUUUGCCAGAAAUAUUAAUGCACAUUUUCAGAUUUGAUAUGGGCGACCGAGCCGUUUGAGUCGCUACAGGACGACCCACAAAGCAGCGGGAACGUUGGCACUGCAUGUUUUUACAUCUGAUGAAUGUAUGUUGCACGAAUGUCUUUAAAUAAAGUUGCUCAAUUCUG